AUGCAUUAUUAUAAACGAAUGCACCAGGUGAACACAAGGAGCACCCGCCUCAGCCCCUUGUUCAGAGGGAACAUCGAGACCUCAAACUUGUGGUCCACCUCAGACCCCUCCCUCCCCUCCUUGCUGGGGGAUGACCUCUUCUAUGUGUCGGACCUGAGCUCACAGAAGUGGAAAGACACUGUCGGCCGCCAUGUUGCGUCUUCCCUGCCACAGCAGGAGGUUGACCACCAGGAAGCUAUCAAUGAGCUGUUUGUGAUGGAAGCCACUCACCUGCGGCUUCUGCGUGUCCUGACUGUCUUCUUCUAUCAGCGCAUGUUUAGGGAGAAACUUCUUUCGCGGGAGGAGCUGGCCCUCCUCUUCCCCAACCUCCCAGAGCUGCUGAAGAUUCACAGUUCUCUGUCAGAAUCGAUGAAAACACUUCAAGAACAAGGGCCCAUCAUCCAUGAGAUUGGACACUUCAUGCUUUCCCAGUUUGGUGGGCCUGCACGCGAAGAGAUCCAGCAGGCGGUCACUGACUUCUGCGUGAACCAGUCCAAGGCCCUGGAGCUGAUCGAGACCAAGCUGCAGAAGGACACUCGAUUCCGGCUCAUCAUUCAGGAAGCAGAGAGCAACUACCAGUGCCGCCACCAUCAACUGAAAGAUCUCAUUCUCUCUGAAAUGCAGCAGCUGACAAACUACCCUUUGCUGCUGGAUAAUAUUAUCAAACACACUGAUGGACAGUCCUCAGAGCACCAGAAGCUGUGCCAGGCUCGGGACCAAUGCCGAGAAAUCCUUCAGUGUGUGAAAGAGAUUGUGAAGAAGGCCGAAAACCAUCAUCGCCUGGAGACCUAUCAGAUGUGUUUGGACACCACCUCGCUGCAGUGGACCACCAAUGCACAGGCAGCAGAGUUCAAGAAUAUUGACCUCCGGAGUCAGUGCCUGAUCCACGAGGGCCCCUUGCGCUGGCGCCUGAGCAAAGACAAGACUGUGGAUUUGCACGUGUUGCUACUGGAAAAUCUCCUGCUGCUCCUGCAGCGGAAGGAUGAGAGACUCGUUCUCAAGUGCCACAGGAAGAGGGUGUGGGGCUCCUCAGGCACUUGGCAAACGAUCAGCCCCAUCCUCAAGCUGAAUGUGGUGCUGAUCCGCUCCGUGGCCACAGAUCCGCGAGCUGUCUUUGUCAUUUGCACAUCGGAAUUGGUACCCUAUCUGUAUGAGCUCGUUGCCUCAACACCUUCAGAAAAAAAUAUGUGGAUGGAACUUCUGGAAGAGGCAGUAAGGCGCGCCAAGGGAAAUGCCACCUUGCCCUCAGGGAGUCUGAGAUAA